AUGUUCCGAAUCACCCUCGUCGCCCUAUGUCUCUUCCUACUCCAUAUGACAAAAGCCACAGCCCCAAAACCAACAACAGACGGCUAUUGUUUCAAAUAUAUCAUCCAGGGCUAUGAUACAUGUUCACUAAUUGCCAAAAAGCACAGCAUAACCGAAGCCGACAUCGAAAGCUUCAAUAAAGACACCUGGGCAUGGCUCGGAUGCGAUCGUCUAUACCAGGGCGACUUUAUCUGUCUCAGCGCAGGAAAACCGCCAAUGCCAAUGGCUCUACCUCAAGCUACUUGCGGUCCACAAGUACCCGGCACAGUUCGGCCGGCGAAAUGGGCGGAUCUGGCCGGUUUGAAUCCAUGUCCUUCGUCGAAAUGUUGUGCAUUCUGGGGCCAAUGUGGUGUCUCUGAAUUAUAUUGUCAGAAUUACCGCGCACCUCCCGCCGGUCCUACGGCGACGGUGAAAUGCGCAACAGAGGCUCCGAAAUCACUGCCUAGUUCAACGAACAAGUCUGAACCGGAUUCGAAGGGCUCGAAAGACUCGAACUCGAAAUCAGAUCCCAAAUCCAAGUCUGACUCUAAAUCUACAACUAAAGCUACCACCAAAGCUGAGCCUACAACAACAAAGACUAAACCAACAUCUACAAAAACGAAAAAGAAAUGGACGCCCGAACCAACGGUAUCACAGUAUCCCUGGAAAGCACCCUGGGAGAUGACGAUGUACAGCGAACUCGGCUGCGAGGGAGAUUAUUACCAUCUGGAGGGGUAUAACAAGAAAUUCCUGGACGACGAAGGAUGUCUUGCUAUCCACGGUGGUCUUAAUAGUAAGUUUACGGAGACGGGGGUUACGUGUAAAUGGUGGCCGGAUGGGAGUUUGACAUGGAAGAAUUGUGAUGCGGGAACACUAAAGAAACCGAAGUCUUGGGUUGUUAAGAAUGGGAUGUACGAAUACGACGAGCAAGGAUCAUACGCCUCAAUGGGAGGCUUUGCAGUGUUCUAUUGA